CUUUGAUGAGCUAAGGUAUGCGAUUCAAUGAAUAAAAAUAUAGAGAUAAGUGGUACAGGCCAAAGCCCAAAAGUCACAAUGCAUAUUAUUCAAUUUUGAUCUGUGUGUCACCACCAUUAUUAUUCAAUUUAGGUUUGUGUUUUGUGCGCUUCUUGUCUUCACAUCCCCUGACAAACCUCCCUGUUAUUCCUCUCAGCUGCACGCACACUAAUUAAUUAAUGCACCUAUGCAAUUUUGUCCUCUACCCAAGUGCCUCUUCUUCUUCUCCCUCCUCUCAUGGCCAUCUAUCUCAGAUCUCUAACAGUGUAGCCUUUAUAUACAGUUCUGGUUUACACACAAUCUGAACAAAAAGCCUUCUCAUAUGGGUUUUGUUUGCGAAAGAUUCUUUUUUUUCUUUAUCUGAUUUAUGUUUUGAUGAUGGAUCAUAGAAUUUGAUUUGAAACGUUGGCAAGAAAAAUCUACAUGAUCUAAUCCAGAAAUUAGUAUUAUUAUAGACUGAAAAAUUCAUGAAUCAGAUUCAUAUAUAACGACAUUCAAUCUGAAAGAUGAUAGAUUUGUGCUGGCAUGAUAGAGGGGGAUCUUCAAUGAGGUACUUUGAGAGAACUGCAAGUAAUCAGAAGGAAUUCAAAUGCUGGAGCUCAUUAAGAUCCAUCAUCUCACUCAUGAUACCUUGCUGUGGAUGCAAUCAGUCACUGGGAUCAUGUAUGGAAAACCCACUAGAACUCUUAAGUCAUUCUAUACCUUCCAAGGUUAUAGGAACAAUAUUUGGGCACAGAAAAGGGCAUGUCUACUUGUGCAUUCAAGAAGAUCCUUUACAUCUUCCUCUCAUGGUCUUGGAGUUCUCCACUCCUAGACCUCUUUUGGCCAAGGAGAUGGAGGAAGACCAGCUUCACAUUGUGCUAGAAUGUGAAAAGACCAAGGAAUUUGGUGGAUCUCAUCUCUACUCGGAGGCCUUGUGGACCAUGUCUUGCAAUGGGAGGAAUGUUGGGUAUGCUAUACAGAAGUCUAACCAGCUUUGUUGUAAUGAUGUGAGGACGAGGGAGCUCAUGAUGAGUGUGAAAAUGGGGGCAGGGAUUUUGCCUGUCAAUGAAGGGGAAGCAAGCCAUGGAAAUAAUGAGGAUGAUAUUGUUUAUAUGAGAGCUUAUUUUGAGAGAGUUGUAGUUUCAGCAGAUUCACAGGCUUUUCAUAUGAUCAAUCCUGAUAGCUUUUCUCAGCAGGAGCUAAGUAUUUUCCUGGUGAGAGAUUAAGAUCACAUGAUGAGUUUGUAAUUGAGAACUUCCAUCUCUCAUAUCAGAUAUGAAAAUAAUGUGCAUGUAGAUACUUACAUUGCUAGUAUAGAACUUAGGAAGAUUGAUACUUUAGUUAGUAUGAGUUCUAACAGAUUGGAUUGCUAUAUAAAUGCUUGUAUAUCCUUAU